AUGUCGAGCAUUUCUCGUUCAUUGAACCUCGUGGCGCGCACCAGCCGGUCUUCCCUGCUGCGUCCCACUGCCAUCAACCCCGUCCACCAUGUCUUCAGCAACAAGGUUGCUGGUCGUGGCUUGGCCACUGCUUUCGAGCGCAACAAGCCUCACGUUAACAUCGGUACCAUUGGCCACGUCGAUCACGGCAAGACCACUUUGACUGCCGCCAUCACCAAGCACCAAGCCUCCAAGGGUCUUGCCAACUUCCUCAACUAUGCCGCCAUCGAUAAGGCUCCUGAGGAGCGUAAGCGUGGUAUCACCAUCUCGACUGCCCACGUCGAGUUCGCGACUGAGGACCGUCACUACGCCCACGUCGACUGCCCCGGUCACGCCGAUUACAUUAAGAACAUGAUUACUGGUGCCGCCAACAUGGACGGUGCCAUUGUCGUCGUUGCUGCCUCCGACGGUCAGAUGCCCCAGACCCGUGAGCACUUGCUCCUCGCCCGUCAGGUCGGUGUCCAGAAGAUCGUUGUUUUCGUGAACAAAGUCGACGCCGUUGAGGACCCUGAGAUGCUUGAGCUCGUCGAGCUCGAGAUGCGUGAGCUGCUCUCCUCUUACGACUUCGAGGGUGAGGAGACUCCCAUUGUCUUCGGCUCUGCCCUUUGCGCCCUUGAGGACCGCCGCCCCGAGAUUGGUACCGAGCAGAUUGACAAGCUCAUGAAGGCUGUUGAUACUUGGAUUCCCACCCCUGAGCGUGACCUUGACAAGCCUUUCCUCAUGUCCAUUGAGGAAGUCUUCUCCAUUCCCGGCCGUGGAACCGUCGUUUCUGGCCGUGUCGAGCGUGGUCAACUGAAGAAGGAUACCGAGGUUGAGAUUGUCGGUGCCACCGACUCUGGCAACCCCAUCAAGACCAAGGUUACCGACAUUGAGACCUUCAAGAAGUCUUGCGACGAGUCUCGCGCUGGUGACAACUCUGGUCUCCUUCUCCGUGGUAUCCGCCGUGAGGACAUCCGCCGCGGUAUGGUCGUUGCUGCCCCUGCCAGCACCAAGGCCAACAACAAGUUCCUUGUCUCCAUGUACGUCCUGACCGAGGCUGAAGGUGGUCGCCGUACUGGUUUCGGCGCCAACUACCGCCCCCAGGUCUACAUCCGCACUGCCGAUGAGGCCGGUGACCUGAGCUUCCCCGAUGGCGAUCUCUCUCGCCGCGUCCAACCCGGUGACAACGUUGAGAUGAUCCUCAAGACCCACCACCCCGUUGCUGCUGAGCCCGGUCAGCGUUUCAACAUCCGUGAGGGUGGCCGUACCGUCGCCACUGGUCUGAUCACCCGUGUCGUUGAGUAA